AACUCUAGAGAAGCCCGGAAUGUCAAUCCACUAGAACCUAGCUAGUUGUUAGUAGGGCUGUCUAUUUGGUCCGAGCUUUUUGGGUUUACUUGAAACCAGACCGGAAUAGGAUAGCAAACAAUCUAAUCCCGUUUUCGGGCUUAGAUUUGAGGUAAAAAAAACCUUUUGGGAACGGAUCGAAAACUGGAUAAGAGAGCGCAACACCCAAAACUUAACCAACUCAUCACCUUUUGAGGUCUCGGGCCACUCCACUCUCCAUAAGCUCAAUCUAAAAUCAAGACCGAAUUGGGACCGGACCAGACUGUAUCCAAUCCAAUUUUUUGGCCCUUAUAUUCCUGAAAAGACCGGAUCGGUGCCAGAUCAAUUCGGGCCAAUCUAAUCGGACUGAACCGUAUAGCCACCCCUCGUUGUUUGACGAACUGUUAGCUUGGAUUCCACGGAUGACCAUGAAAAAAGAUGAACCAUAUGAAAUGUGACUUUAAUUAGGGUGUAAGCAGUUGGGUGUGCAUUUUAUUUCCAUGUGAGACACGCAAGAACAAGAAAGUCCCCCGCAGGCAGAUUCGAUACCCCCAGGGCCCUAGUUAGCUCACAUCCCAUUCAUGCCUAAAGUUAACAAGAAAAAAGGAAAGAUACGUAAUAUAUAAUAUCAAGAAUGAAUCGAUGACACUUUGAUCUUCUGCGACGCUGCUUAUGAUCAAGUUCUGAAUAUUCUCGCUACUUUGGUGUGUUUCCAAAGUGUUACGGGACUGAGGAUUAACCUUGAGAAGUCGGUCAUGAUUACUGUUGGGGAUGUAGCGAUUCCGGAAUUCUUUGCUGCUACUUUUGGGUGUAAUUGGAGCAACGAGCCCUCGAAAUACCUUGGCUUCCCUCUCGGCGCCAAGGUCAAUGCUAUCUCCACUUGGGAUCCUAUUAUCAAUAAGUUUGAGCAGAGGCUUGACGGAUGGAAGAGUAGAUUUCUGUCUUUCGGUGGCCGUUUGGUGUUGAACAAAAGUACUCUUUCCGGGCAGCCGAUUUAUUUCUUCUCCUUACUUCGGGCUCCUAUCGGUGUGCUGAACAGGUUUGAGGCAAUCCAAAGAAGAUUUUUGUGGAGCGGUGCCGGGGAUAAUCACAAGACCCCGCUCAUUAAGUGGGAGAUUUGCAAAGCAAGUAUUGAGAAUGGGGGCUUGGGUAUUAGAGAUAUGGCCUGCUUUAACAAAGCUAUGCUGUCUAAAUGGCUUUGGAAGUACGCUACGGAGAGAGAGAGCUGGUGGAGACAACUCAUAGAGUUCAAAUACAAGGCUAGCAAUUCCCAGUGGCAGAGCAAACAGUGCAGGAAUGGGUUUGGAAGUUCGGUGUGGGCCAACAUCUCUAAGGAAUACGGUGAAUUCUGGAAAGUGGCAGUUAUUGACCCGGGUGGCGGGGCGGGUGUUUCCUUUUGGAACGACUGCUGGUUACCUCAGACGACUCUUGCGCAUUCCUUCCCGAGAGUUGCCGCUGCCGCUGCGAAUCCCGAGGCUUUGCUGCCUGAUGUCAUAAGCCGAUCAGGUGAGGGUCCUAAUUGGAAUAUUGAGUGGAAUAUCGAUUUUUCUUUAGUCUUGAGGGGAGGGGCUGAGAGGGAGAGAGAGAGUUUCUUCACUCUUUUGAAUUCUAUUGAUAAGCACAGGAUCGUUUGCGGCCCCAGCAGAUUGGCGUGGUGUUCUAAUCCCGAUUCGAGCUUUUCAGUGCGCUCCAUGUACAGGUUAUUGACGGAUGGGCGAUUCCAUGGGGUGCCCAACUUCCCUAGUGAAUCCGUGUGGAGAAAGAGCAUUCCUUCGAAAAUCAAUGCGUUCAUGUGGAUGGUCGCGCACAAGAGGAUAUUGACGAUGGACAAAAUUCAACAGAGGGGCUGCUCCAUUGCUAACAGAUGUUGUAUGUGUUGUAGGGAUGAAGAAUCGGUUGAUCAUUUGUUUACUCGGUGCGAGUUCGGGUUGGAGAUCUGGACUGAAGUAAGAAGAAUGUGUGGUGAUUCCUUCGCCCCACAAGAGCAGAUCCUAGACACCAUCAAGUGUUGGAAGAGUGACGUUCCGGACACUACGACGGACUGGAUCGGCUUCUGCAUUCUCCACGCCGUGUGCUGGCAAAUUUGGCUCGAGAGGAAUAGGCGUGUUUUCCAGGAUGCUAGCAGAAGCGCCAAGGAGGUCUUUUGGAUUGCUAUCAGAUCCACGGCGGAUUGGCUAGUCGCGAAAGGCAAGAUCAGCAGGAUUCAGGUGAUGGAGUGGCUCCGCCCCUUGAGGCUGAACUGACACAGGGGCAUUUUUCGGUGGGGUUGUUGCCGUGGGUUCGUUCGCUGGCUGUUGUCGUGUUUGUCGGCUGCCUUUCAGGUGCUGGGCUAGUUGGAAUCCUCUGGUAUCCUUGUUCGGGUUCGGGUUGCUGGUGGCGGCCGGGUUGUUGACCGCGCCUCGCCCCUGUCUUCUUCUUCUCUCUGUCUGUUUUCCUCUGCUCUUCUCAGUGAUGGUUGUGGUCGGAUGGGGCUUUGAUUCCCGUUAGUUUGACAGUUUGGUCUUGGUCUUGGUCCUUGUUUCGUGAGGGACUUUGCUCUCUGUGCGUGGCUGUCCUUUUCAGGCUGUCGGGUGUUUCUUUUUUUUUUUUUUUUUUUUUUUUUUUUUUUUUUUUUUCGUUUUCUUUUCUUUUCCGUGGGUGCUGCACCUCUGGUGCCGCUUUUUUCUUUCUGUAUCUCGGACUGGUUCCGUUUUGGUUCUAUUUUAAUGCAAUUCUCACCCUUAUCAAAAAAAAAAAAAGAAUGAAUGGAUGGAUGGAUAAUUCACAGAUGAGAUGAACUGCUGCCAUUGCCAAGCCAACAUUUUUCCAAACGAAUAUUCCAAUCUAUCUUUAAUUGAUCUCAUUGUUUCUGGGUUGCUGCUGUCAUCCACUCACAUUAGUUCUCUUUCUCUAUUAUUUGAGAUCUGCCUACUGGGCUAUUAGCUCCGAUAUAUCAAAUCGCGGUUCCUGUUGGUUCAUUUAAUAAGUCCCUUGUGAAACCAAACGGUGAUUGAAAAUACAGGAACCAAACCCAACACGUGAUGAUGGAUGGGGAUGAUUGAUUUUGAGGAGGAAAAUAAAAGCAAACCUACACUAUUUUGAUUUUUGAGGAGGAAAAGAAGAAAGAAAAGAUCGAGGUUCCUUCAACUUGCUUCAUUAUGAUAUUGGUUACGCAUAGGGCUGUCUAUUUGGUCCGGGUUUUUUGGUUUUAUCCGAAACCGGACCGUAUAACACGGACCGAGACCGGACCAGGACCGGAUAGUAAACAAUCCAAUCCAAUCUUUGGGCUUAGAUUUGAGGUAAAAAAAACCAUUUGGGACCGGAUCGAAAACCGGAUAUAGACCGGAUAAGAGAGCUCAACACCCAAAACUUAAGGGUAAUUUGCAUAAACGGUCACAAACCUUUGCACUUAGUACAAAACUUAACCAACUUCUCACCCUUUCAGGCCUUAGACCACUCAAAUCCCCACAAACUCAAUAUAAAAUCAAGAUCAAAUUAGGACCGGACCGGGUCAAGACCGGACCGAAUCAAAACCGGAUUGUAUCCAAUCCAAUCUUUGGUCCUUAUAUUUUCAAAAAGACCGGACUGAACCAAAUCAAUUUGGACCAAUUUCACCGAACCAGACCGUAUAGUCACCCCUAGUUACACACAUACAUGGUUGAGUGAAUUCACAAAGAAUUACUCCACUCACUAUGCUUCCGGCCAACAUGUAGCUCGGGAUGCUUGCUAGGGAGACACGGGGGCACCUCAAUCUAUCUCACGGUUCCAUAUGUUACAUAGCGAAAGGGGGUUGUUGUUGUGACUUGUGGCGUGUAUUGCAUUCGAUGCAAGAGUAUAUAAGGGAUUCAUUCAAGUCACCAUCCAACUAGAUAUAGAUUACAGACAACCAAAUACAAUUAAAAAAUAAUGAGGAUUUAAACAAACAAGUUAUAUAUAAAGCAAGAAUCAAAUGUUACAUCGUCU